GGUGGCGCAACAGAUACCUUCUUCUAUUAUCACGGAAGUGGCAUUCAGAAAGCCCCCAAGCUGGUUAAAAAGUCUCUGGUUGUACAAACCAGCAUACACGAGUGGUACAUGAUCGUUGUUCGCACACACGUCCGUAGCAAAGCCCAAGACGAAGAGCUAGAGACAUCUUCUGAGGAUAUAUAUAACAAGGUUGACCCUGCCCUUUCCUUUGAAUCUGCGACUGGCCAAGUCAUGGCACACUUCAAGCUGGCCAAACCCACGGUUUCCAGACCACAGGCGAUUCAUGAAACCAGCAUCCCCAUGUACAACCUUCCGAGACCACCUGACCUUCUGGUUAGUAAGAGCCCAAAACUACCAGAUGAACUUUGGCGAUGCAUAUUCGAAGAGUACGCUAAAAUUGAUGGGCAAAUAAUCACGCUGUUGCGGGUCUGUCGACGAUGGAGAGAUGUCGCUCUCGUAACCCAGCGGUUAUGGCGGCGCAUCCUGCUCUCUGGGGAUACCAUAAACAAGUCGUUGAGGCAGGGAAGCGUCCAUGCGUGCAACAAGAUCGACGAUGUCCAAACCGUAUUGAAAAGAUCGGGUACUUUAACCUCGUUGGAGCUCACACUCGUGUUGGGCCCGGACGAAAGGGCCUCAAUCGAUCCCUCCACGCGAAGCUCUCUGUUCAAAGUCGUUGGGAAUGAUCAUCUACACCGAUUGACAUUUCUGUGUAUCAUUGUUAACCCACAGAUGACACUGCCCCAAGUAACAGACUCCCUCAAGGGCGUGUUCAAAGGGUCUCUUGCCUCCUUGGAGAGCAUGAUGAUUGCCAGUGCAUUUCCAAUCGGUGAUAUGUAUGGUCCAUUAUCCGAGUUAUUCGAUGUGAUCGAAAACACUUCCACAAAAUUGCGAAGCGUCUAUUUCGAAAACGUCAACAAGGAUUUCCUCCAAAAAGUCAGCACAAUGGACUUUUGGACGCGUCUGACAAGAAUUACGAUCAAGAAUGAACAUGACGCAAUGGACGCUUCCGCAUUUGCCCUUUGCAAACAGCUCGAGUUCCUCUCAUUCAGUGGGGAGUUCAGUUACGGUCCGAGUAACUUUGACAAGACCAUUCAGUUCCCGGACCUCAAGUGGCUCAAAGUGGGGUUAAUUACGAUGGGCACGCUAGUCAAACUUAGUCUGCCCCAAGUACACUCCUUCGUGAUCGACUGUCUCCAGGCCAAUUACCCGAACGAACCCCCCGCCCCUCAUUCAUACAAGAUGCCCGAACUAAAGAUCCUCCACAUCGCCACCGUCAAUCCCACCAUCAAAGCACUCGUCGCUCCCAAGCUCGAAACACUCUGCCUUGCCAUACCCACACUCAAGUCGGCCGACGCGAAUUCAGUCUUCCAAGCCGUCUUCGAUGGGAACGAAAAGAUGCUCAAGCCCAGGAAUUUGACAAUCACAGCACCUAUCAACGACAAUUAUCUCCUGGCCGCUCUCGCUCGGUUACCCGACUUGUGCUCCCUCACCCUCGAUCACCAGCUCCCGUUCACAAAGGGCCUCUUCAAAGCACUCACUCCUCCCGUUUCUCUCACCAAACCACGCGGCCUUCUCCCUCGAGCGAAACGAGUCAAAAAACCACUGUUGUGUCCGAGGCUCAAGUGCCUGAUUCUCGACUUGCACAAGGUCUCUCCUACGAACCAAGACACUAUUCGGGCAGCGCUGGAUGAACUCAUUCAAGGAAGAAGGGAUGCACCAGAAUAUGAACGGCUAUGUCGCGUAGCCAUACGGCUGACGGAUGGCCCCGUAAAGCACGAGUUGAUAAAUCCUCCGCUUUGCUAUUCGUGUAAUACGCUUAUCCAUUCUUAG